AUGACAUCCAAAGACUUGGUAGGCCGCCCCUUUACCAUCCAGUACGAGUCGGAACAUUCGAAGGAUCUGUACUCCUUUGAAAUCAAGAACGACAAGAAGAUUGCGUGGAAGAGGAUUGGCGGUACUGAUGUUGGCAAGGGCGACGAAGAAGACUAUGUCAUGACCCAGUUGACUGACAAGAAGAUUCUCAUCACUUGGAUUGAAGCAGAUGGCCUUGGACUCUCCAAUGUCUUGGAUUUCGACGAAGGAACCUGCUUGACUCAUGGAAACAAUGGACGCGCCGUCUGGAAGCAUAACGGAAAAUUGGCGUUCGUGGAAAAUGGUGCUCAGAGCGCGAACUAG